AUGUCUGCACCUGCUCUUAUAGCUUUUUAUUAUGUCACUGCGAUUGAAAGUUGGACGUACAUUAAUAUAAUAGAAUAUUACCAUGCAAAAAUUGAACAAAAGGAUUUAAAACAAAUACUAGAUUGUGUGAAAUCCUUGAUGACUGGAAGUAACAAUGAUUUUGAUAUUGCUAUUGAACUAUUUUAUUUUGGUGCAGCACCAUCAAUUGUUGACAUUGCAGGUCCACUAGAUGACAAUAUUCUUUGUUAUUAUUGUGAUGCUGAUCAAACAUUCAAUUCAUUUAACUUUUAUAAUUAA